AUGGUCAAGACACCGACAAGCGCGCGAAGCGGAAGCCCGGCGACGGCCGGAGGGAGGUCAAGCGCGCGGCCGAGAAGCGCGGACGCCGCGACGAAGGCGACGGCCAGCACGCCGCGCUCAGUGAAGUUCGACCGGGUCGGCGAUCGUGAUCAUGGAAGUGGGGUUGACGAUGAUGGAAGUGAAAAAGAAGUGGAGAUGAAGGGCCCAGCGCCGAUGCUGGAGGAUGAAGACGUCGACGAGCUUACGGUUGUCGUCGAGAAGUCGGGCGCCCCGCGCCCGAUCGCUCGCCGGCUUGAUGCAGAACUCGGCGAAGUUACUCCAGCCAAGGUUCUGGCGCCCGAUGAGCGGCCGAUCACAGGAAAUCGGCCGCCGGUGAACGGAGCUACUCCGAAUGCGUACAAGAUACUGGGACAAGUCGGCCGAUCGGUGGUCGCUACAAGCACGUGGGUGAUGAUGUUCGCGCCGAAGGAAGUCGGCGCUGCCAAGUGGGUGACGCUCAAGAGAGAGCUGGCGUCUCCGAUCGACAGCUCCAGCCUGUUCCAACUCAGCGAGCAGACCAAGCGUCUGCUGGUGGCGAUGGGCUUCGAGUGCACCAGCGUCCCGUCGAAGGUGGCUCUGGAAGUCUGGGAGCUCGCCGAGGUAAGCGCCGAGCUGACCAAGUGGAAGCGCAAGCUGAAAGACUCUUUCGGGGUGCGUGGAACGACGACCGUGCGGAAGCUGGAUGACAUUGACCCGAGUCUGGUUCCGCUGCCGACGACGCCGCGGAAGGCUUCCGCGGGCUACCAGAUGCAGACGCCGGAUACCAAGCAAGUCUUUAGCAAGGCGCCCGACUCGCCAUACUUCGCGGGCUCGCAUAUGGUGACGCCGAAGAAAAACAGUGAAGGUCGGCGAUUCAACCCUCCUGCGCUCGCGGGCGAUGACGACGACGAUGACACGGGCUACGACUUCGCUGACCCGUGUGAAGACUUGACGGCGCAGAUCCACCGAUCUUACCAGCGCGAAGACGAAGACGGAGCUCAGCGAGUUAAGCUGACCCACCACAUCUCCCUGAACCAGUUGACGAAGUUUUCCGGGACUCGAAACCGCAGUGAGCGAUCGCUUAAGAAGUUCAUCUACGAGAUGGAAGGAACCAACACCCCGCAAGACCGCUGGUGUGAGCCGUUCCAACUCUUGAUGGAGAGCGGAGCCAGCAACUGGGUUCGCCAGCUCCCGAAGAAGACGCGCAACAAGUGGUCCCUGCUCUGCGAGGCGUUCAUGGCGUACUACUGCUCGCAGCGCACGACCAAUCUGCCGAAGAUCGAUAUUACACCGCCACGCGGGACGAGGGGGAGCACAUUUGCGACUACUUGCUGCGCCUGA